CUGACGUUUUUUCCAUAGUGAAUGAAGUAUGUCAUUUUCCUCAUAGAAACAUGCUUUGUUUACGUUUUUAUCGCAAUUUAACAUAAAUAAUAGUUCAACAUAACUUCUUUUCCUCAGCCUAUUUGUCGAAACCCGUCCUGAUGAUGGUGGUAAAGCACCACGAUGCUGUCGUUGACGACACAUUGAAGAAGAAGCUGCCUGACAUGUGAUGGUCUCUCCAAAACUUGAAAGUAUAGUUUAUAUUUGAUUUGUGAUCGAUCUGCCAGUGAAACAUCAUGUCAGACAAACAUCACUGUGCGUGCUGCUCUCAUCCUGCCUCCUCUCCCAGCGUUCACCAGACCCUGGAUGAGAUGGACUUUGAGCGAGGUAUCUGGUCUGCUGCAAUGGAUGGAGACUUGGAGAGGGUCACGUCUUUAGUUCAGAAGGGGACAGACCCAAACCUGAGAGACUCAGCAGGAUACACAGCUCUGCACUACGGGAGUCGCGGUGGUCAUCUGGCUGUGUGCACGUUCCUGCUGGAGAGCGGGGCCUGUGCAUCUCCUCAGACGCCCGGCGGGGCCACGCCGCUCCACCGAGCAGCUUACUGCGGUCACCUGGACGUGGUGCGGCUGCUCCUGCAUCACAGAGCCGACCCCACGCUCUGCGAUGACGACGGUUCGUCCGCUUUGCAUAAGGCUGCAGAGCGAGGCCAUGAGAGUGUGUGCCGACUGCUCCUGGAGUUCUGCCCAGCUCUCUGCAGCCAGGUGAACAAGAGGCUGCAGCUCCCGCAGCAGCUGGCACAGCGGGCGGACCUGCAGCGGCUUCUAAAGCCACCGCCGUGAUGAGGACACACACACACCUGAGGACCCGCCGACAGCACUGAAGGCAUUUAAGAUGAUACUUGCUGAAGACUUUUCAAGUCUGAAUUUGACUGAGAUUCAUGAGAUGAAUUUAAAAGUGCCUCCGAGAUGAAACAUCUUUAAUAUUAAUAUACAUUUGGGAAUUUUCUUCCAAUACCACUGUCUUGUUUUUGUAAUAGAUGCAUUUCUUUUAGUUCCACCGAAUAAAAACAUCAAAUCUUUCAAA